CUCCAAUAACGGCCGCUAAUAUAUUUUUAGUUGAAGUUUGAAAAAUGAGGUGGCAGUUUUGGACGUUCUGCGGUUCCGCGUUGUCAGCAGAGACAUGCAGAUAAAGUAGCAUAUCUCAUCCCAUCUCAUCUAUCCCUUUGUCUAAUAUUUUGACCACGGUUUUCUGAGCUUUACUUGCUUACUGUUUUACAUCUACAAGUACGUAUUGCUUUCUUACAAUGGCGCUGUUCACAAGAAAUAACCUCGCAUCCUUUGCUCUGAUGGCCUCAAUCAGUCUUCUUGUAGGUAUUAACGAAAGCCUUGCCUUAUCAGAGGGAAGUAACAUCAAACAGGAAGCCGUGUCAUACUGGAUGGAUAACGGGUGUAACUUCCCUCCGCGCACGUUCUACAAUGGGGACAAGUUUGACGUUUGCGACCGGCCGUACCGCGCGGGAGAGAGACUGUCCGGACUCUGUAGGUUCUUUUACGAAGUAUCCAAAGACCUUUGUUAUGCCGCCUCGGGAGAGUCUGAAGACGCCCAAAUGCUGGAGAUGCUGGACAGCUACAUCCUCGUCCUGGACAACAGUCGCCUCUGUCACAUCUUCCUCUCCAUGGAUAGAGAAGGGAUCAUGCCUGAUGUGAACGAUUUGACCAAGAGCUGGUACAAAAAGGCGCGAACCAUUCUGACGACGGAGCGAUCGUGCACAGCCGUGUGUGACUCGACGGGCAUGCACCCGCUGUGCGUCGCCAUCUUUGUCUCGUUCGAAUACAUCCGGGACGUUCAGCCGCCGCUGUACGGAGACCUGUUCAAGAACAGGGACAAAGAUGACUAUCAUGACUACGACUACACAUACGAUGACACUGAGGAUCGACCCCUCAACGACGAACAGGCAGACAACACGACGACGGUUACGUCACUUCCGGGCACGAUAGAGGACUUCAACAAUGCCACUUCAAUUGACGACUUCAACAAUGCCACUUCAGCAGUGAACCUGACCUCUGGUUGGGUCAACAACACAGACACUACAACUACUGGGUAUGAAGACAUCACUGAAACGCCAACAACGAAAGAAGAUGUCAUAGAAGAUGUGUUUGAACUUGUUGAUUACGAAGAUGUUAAAGACGAGUACGGGACACAGAGAACCGCCACAACACAGGAGAUCGGUACUUCAAGUCUUCUUCAAGAUGUGGAUAUGAUAGGGGCUAAGAAUGGCAAUGGGACAAAUGAUGGAUCCACCCCCCUACUUCCGACAACACCAACCAUUAUUGCGAACGAAAGCUCGUCGUUUCAAGGGCAACAGAAUGGAAGUUUUCCUGUGUACACUGGGAACAAGAACAAAGGUGACGCCCACCACCGCCAGGGAGCAGGCCUUCCUGACUUGGACGACCUGAAGAAAGAAGAACAGAUGAACUACUACGCUGUGCUGCUUGGCUGCAGUGGACUCCUCAUAGCAACACUUCUCUAUGUUAUCUACAAGAAUAAGAGGGCGAUCGCCAUGCUGAUAGCAACAGGCCGUAGGGAGUACCGCAGCGCACCCAGACCCAAGAAGACUGACGGGUACCAGCGGCUCGGGCAGCAGGACAUUGCAUAGCUCAAAAAACUGGACUCAGCUUGACAAAAUGGCAACAAAUAAUUUACUCAAGCCAAGCCCACAGUUUACAUUUAUUAGUCUGUUCGUUUCAGUAGCGUGACAUUCUGCAAAUAAGACAUUCGAAACACUGCUGUUUUCACUUGAAGACUUUAACCUUAAAUUGUAUCACUCAGACACUCUACUUUGCCUAUACACAAAAUGUCGCUUAGAGGUCGAUGAUGAUGAUGCUACACACCAACAUUGAAGCGCAGGAAAAUAUAGACGGUAAAAUGUACUAGUACUGCAAGAAAAAAGAAUGAGAGAUUUGAAUUCAAGGGAAAGCGACGGGUCAAGGAUCCGUGUCAACUAUCAUAUAAACGUUGAACUCAAGCCAGUUGUACGUUUAGAAUUGUAGGCGAAACGUGUUAACGUAGAAACAGUCAAAGAAAAUCAAAUCAUGGAAUACUAUCGCUACCUUUGACAUUUCAUUUACAAACGUGUCAUGUACAUCUUCAUCAUUUCACAGUGUAUCUAUUCAUCCAUCAGUCAGUCGGUCCGGCUGUCUGUUCAAACGCUGGCCCGUCCGAUUUGUAGUUCUUUCUUUCUUAGAUUCAAUUCUGCUCGUGGAAUUGACUUUAGAUGCAAAGGAUGAUUCAUGUAGUGCUUUAUUGUGUUUGGCCAUCAUCGCUAUGUGGUGGACGGAUCUGAAAGUGUUGUCCUAAACUCAAGGACAGUUUCUUCGACGAUUGUUAGUGACAUCUUGGUGACAUGUUAUGUUUGCGGUCCUUGUUUACUCUAAGCCUUUAAGUUUAUUUUUGGACAACAGGACCUAGCUAUACACAUUAACUGCUCAUUAUCUUACUUCUUGAUAGAUAAAGCAUUGUACAAUACAACGCUCUUGCUUCUCUUUUCCUUAUUGGCGAUUUUUGCCGUCUCAUGGAAUAAGAUCAAAAAGUGACCAGGGAGAGUUGCAAAAGCGACCUCUUGCAGUUCAUUACAGAACUACACCAUGAUGUUGGCCCUUGCACAAGCCGCACUGGCAAUAUUCACACUAACCGUUACUAAACGUGAUACUAGUUACCUUCGCCAGAAUUGCAAAGUUAUGUUUUGUGUCUUGUGUCUUUAGAUGUUGGUCAACAGCAUAUAACUAGAGUAGCUGUAGAUGAACAUUCAUGAUAUUUGAGUAGCAGUUACAGAAACGAAGGUCCUGUUCGAAAACGGUUCACCUGGCCCUUUCCGCCGAAGGUACAUGUAACGUUAUGUGUUUCCUGAAACUCUAGUACUUAAUGUUUUUUUUAUCAGGACAUAAAAACUUAACCCAAAGAAACACAAAAACAUACUAUAGACUGCAAUAUGUUUAAUGAAAGGCAGACAAUAACAUUUAGGCUUAACCUUGGGUAUUUAAACAUUGAAAUAAAUGACAGCCAAAGCUCACAUUGGAUCCUUUACAGAUAUCAAAGCUCUGAAGAUUCGGGCCAGCCAAAAAGAAUGGAAGCAACAAUUCUAGCUAUGACGUCUGUUUCUGCCAGAAUCCCCAAUGGAGGCGGAAUUCCUUCCUUCCAUGGAGAUCUACAAGUAUGCACUGCUCCACGGAGGUUAUU